AUGUCCUUUUCACUGCUGAGACAGUCUCUCACUAGACCAAUUUCUUCUUCUUCUCGGGGUUCUUUUGGCUUGUUGCGGUUCCUUUCCGUCAAGGCCUCCGCCAUCACUUUUGCCAAUACUGGUAUCCCCAAAGACGUUGUCAAGCUCGUUUCCUACGAAUUGAAUGGCCCUGGCCCUGAUGAAAUUCUUGUCAAGACUUUGGCUUCGCCAAUUAAUCCUGCUGACAUCAACCAACUUGAGGGUGUGUACCCGUCAAUGCCUGCUUUUACCACCGAGCUAACACCGGAGCAGCCUUCAGCAAUCGGCGGCAAUGAGGGUCUUUUUGAGAUUGUCGAAGUUGGUUCCAACAUCAAGAACUUCAAGGCUGGUGAUUGGGCCAUCCCCAGGCUCCCCAACUUUGGUACAUGGAGAUCACAUGCACUUGUGACUCCUGGAGAUUUGACGCCUAUUAACCGCGACGGAAUCACACACACCCAAGCCGCAACCAUUUCCGUUAACCCAUGCACUGCGCACCAGAUGCUGACCCAGUUUGUUGACCUCAAAAAGGGCGACUGGUUCAUCCAGAAUGGUGGCAACUCUGGCGUGGGCCGUGCAGCUAUCCAGCUCGGCCGCAUCUGGGGACUUAAUUCCAUUUCUGUGGUUCGCAGCCGUGAUAAUCUAGACGAGCUGAUUGCUGAGCUCAAAGAUCUUGGUGCCACCCAGGUUAUUACUGAAGAGCAACUAAAUUCUAAGGCAUUCAAGCCCACAAUUAAGGAGUGGACCCAGGGGAAGCCAAUCAAGCUUGGGUUCAACUGUGUGGGCGGCAAGUCUGCGACCGGCGUUGCACGCCAACUUGGACAUGGCGGCAAAUUGGUCACAUAUGGUGGCAUGUCUAAGCAGCCUGUUAUUCUUCCAACUUCGCUAUUUAUUUUUAAGGACGUUUCCGCUCACGGAUACUGGCUUUCUGCGUGGACCAAGAAAGACCCCGAAGGCAAGGGUAAGGCUGUGGAAGAGAUGCUUAAUCACAUUCGUAGUGGCCAAUUCAAGGAUGUUCCUGUGUCUCCCAACGUGUGGAGCAAUGCAUCAUCAGACGAGGCCAAACUGGAAGUAUUCAAGCAGGCUCUUGACAAUGCAACCAAGGGCUUUGCAGGCAAGAAGCAGGUUCUUGAGUUUACUGAUUAA